AGUCGGCAGCACCGUCGACUCUCGGGCAUCGAACAAGUAAGAUGGCCGCCACCGACUCGAGUUUAUCUAGUGAAAAUCCCGCCAAGAAGGAGGAUGAAUUCAACGAAUUUUACACGGAGGUUAAAGAAAUCGAGAAAAGAGACUCUGUGCUGACACCUAAACAACAAAUUGAUAGAUUAUUGCGACCUGGAUCAUCCUACUUUAAUUUGAAUCCAUUUGAAGUCUUACAGAUUGAUCCAAGCACAGCGAUAGAUGAAAUCAAAAAGAAAUAUCGUCGUAUGUCAAUUUUGGUGCAUCCAGACAAAAAUCAGGAUGACGCAGAGAGAGCACAGCAGGCAUUUGAAAUUGUUAAUAAGGCGUGGAAAACUUUGGAAAAUGAGGAAACCAGAUCGAAAUGUAUGGACGUCAUUGAAGAAGCAAAAGCUCGGACUGAUCACAUGAUUGCAGAAAAGAAGAAAAAGCUGAAAAAAGAAGGAAAAUCAGAAAAUUCGACUCCGACGCUUUUGGAAGAAGAAACCGAAGAGGGUUACACGCAUGCAGUCUGGGUUAUGACGAUGAAGUUGUUUGCCGAUAUGGAGCGAAGAAGACGGGAAUUAGCCACGAGAGACGCAGAACAGCGCAAGAGAAAGCGCGAAGAGGAAUUAUCAGCAGAAGCUCAAGCGGCGUUAGAGCGCGAAUGGCAACGAAACUUUGAAGAAUCUAGACAAUCACGUGUCGACAGCUGGAAGGCGUUCCAAUCCGGCACCAGUAGUGCCACAAAACAGAAAAAAGCGAAGAAGUUGAAAGCCUUUAGGCCGCCGAAGACGAAGGCGGAAUCGCGAUAAUCGCAGUCGCACUCUUUUCUCCACUUUUGAUGUGCGGAUACUGGUUUUUAGUCGACGCGAUACUUUAUCUUUUAGAGAUUUUCUCGCAGUGCGUUAAUGUAGAUAGGUUAAGCGAUCCAGCAUACCUCGACAUUAAUCCAGCCAUCGAUCAACACGCUGGAUCACUUUAACUUGGAACUGAAAGAAAGAAAGAUAUUGGACUCUUCGGCCCUUCUUGGCUCCAGACCAUUCAGUUUAGUGUAAGACAAGAGUUUUUCGAUGAUGGCGUCCAUUAUUAACUCAGUGCCGAGAUUCGAGUUUCUAAGAGAUUCUCGCAUUACUGAUCAAUUUCAUUAAUCUAUUUAGAAGAACAAUUUAUUAUAUUUCUGACAAAAAUGCAUCUUUUUAUUUCACUUGUAUAAGAGGAUUAUUGCUGAAGCUUCUUAUAUAAAAUCAAAUUUUGAAUGAGUUUGGUGAAAUUAAUUGCAUUCAACUUUUUUGCUUAAAUAAUCAUGAUUUGCAGCCAGAGAGGUUUUAAAUGUUGGUGUUACGAGUAAAACCGAUGUUAAAAGCAGAUACAUAUUUUUGCGAGAAAGAAAAGAUAUAUAGAGAAGGAACACAACCUAUUGGAUGAAUAGGGAACACGUUUCUUUAUAACACAUCGUGCAUAUGCGAGUGAAAAACAAGUUUCGUAUGUGUCGCAGUCUUAUAGUGUAAAAUCGCGCCGUUUGUUUUGAAAAUAGUGUAAGUUGCACGUCAAAUAAUUUUGCUAGAACAAAUAGAAUUCUGCAUAUAAUUUAAAUUUAUUCUUAAGUUAAUUCAAACAUUUAAAUUAGAAUUUUAUUUCAAUUUUUUCGUUUACAUCGCUUUCAAAAUGCACGGCUCGAUUCAUCUUGCAUCAAAGUCUCGCGUCUCCUCGCAGAAUUAACAAUUAAGGAGUUUAUCUCGCGAAUUCCGUGAUUUUGCGGCAUUGACGAUUAAAUUAAAUACACGAUGUAUAAACAAAAAGGAGGGAAAGAAAGAAAAGAAAAAUUUCUCCGGAGCAUUGUGCAUUUGCAAUAUCCCGUGACAAAUGUCAAUUUUUUAAUCUACGUGUAUCUCGUGCUUUUACUAUUAAACGUACGAUCGUCCAUCGUAAAGAAAGUAGGAUGUGUAUUAUCGCGAUGAAUUUAGAAUCAGGGAAUUUUGAUGAUACCAUGCUUCGGAUGCGAUAAACGACAGGAUCGUGCGAAUUAAUAUUUAAGAUGGAAAUUUUGUUGCGAAAGAUCGCAUAAAAGUUUCAAUAUUUGUUGUAACAGAAACUGAUUCUGAACAGAACUAAGACUCAACAAUUCAAAUUUUGGGAUUUUCGAAGUAUCAUCUAAAUUCAUAACUAAAAAAAUCUUUAUACUAUUAUUUUCUUUAUACUACUAGAGAGAAACGAUCCUUUUCGCAUUAUUGCAAGGGAUUCGAUUCUGCACUGAAUAAGAUCUCGAAUUAUCAUGAUGCCGUUUGAAUUUAAGCUCCGCUAUUCAAAAGAGAUACGAUAUUGUGAUAACUCAUUUAUUAUUUCGCGAACACCUCAAUAUUAUACGAACAAUGUACGAUUGCGGAGCUUCAUCGAGAAUGAAAAUAGUUUGUUCGAGCUUUGAAAUCAACUGUGAAAUGUGAAUAUAUACGUAUAAAUUGUUUCUAAAAGACUGUUUAUUGCACGUGACUUCGAUACGUAAUAUGUAUAUCCUAUUCAACUGCAUUAAAGAAUCUUCCAUU